GAGUUGCCCUGGCUACGCUGUCCACUUCCCUGCUGGCGCGAUGCGUUCACUCCUCCUAGCAUGGGCCAUUACCUUGCUCUACUGCGAUGGUGUGGUAUCGUUCGUUACGCGUACAGGACGAGGGAGCAGCACUCCCGGCUUUGUGGCUGGGGCUGUUGCCUUUCAUAGAAAACGACCACGCGGCGCCAGGGAAGGAGCAAGCAGCAGCCAAACACCUCUGGCGGCGGCAGCCGGAAGCUUCACGGCUAGGAUAGCUAGAAGCGAGAGCAAUUGGUUGGAGGUUUUUGGUGAAGGGAGACGACGCACGCAAAGGCGAACUGGCGGUGGGCAUGGUACGCGGAUGCUGUUUGGUCUCCAUUUCCAGCCUCCAGAGUUCAGCGUCUGGCUCCACGGCACGGUACAGGCGGUCAUGCUCGGUGGCUUCGCUGCCCUUAUCCCGAAGGUGACCGCGGAGCGCAUACGGGAAAAGGAGGAGGGAAUGGACAGGGAUGAGGAUUAUGCGGCCGGUUUGUGGAACGACGAGGAGGAUUUCGAUGAGUACGGGUAUGCCGUGGGAUACGUGUGCCCGACGUGCGACAACACCAACCAGGUAAAGUGCAGCGAAUGCGGAGGAAAGGGUUUUUUCGUGUCGGCGUCCGCCAUGCCCAAGAAGUGCACCUAUUGCAACGGGCUCGGGACGUUUGAUUGCGAGGAUUGCGAAGACCGCAGGGAAAUGCUCCGGCGAGAGAGGGGGGCGAGACGGCCCCCGCGGGAACUCCCUCCUGCCAGGGGCGAUGACUUCCCGUUCGGUCGAUGACUCGGUUUCGAUAGCUACCCCCGAGGCGUGGAAGUCUCGCUAUCUUCGUGCCUUCGCUGACCUGUGGAGAUAGCCACAGCCAUUCCGGGGGCGGCGAGCCAUCGUUGGGUUGGGAGUAUGCCCCAGCACAAUCCCUUGGGUGCGUAGUGUUUUCGUCGAGCGGACUCUUAGGCUUGUGCUCUCAAUGGUGUUGUAGCGGCUUCUGACUCUGUUGGUUGCGUAUGCGCGCGAGCUAGUGGUUGCUCUGGGGCACGGAUGGACACGUGGUGCACAAGCGAGCCAGUUGUAUUGUAGACAACCGCAUUCUUCAUAAGUAACUGAAUGCGUUCCCGAGUAUUCCGAAGAUGAGGCCUGAGCAGCGAAACACGUAGGGCUCGUACGGGACAGACCAUGGCAGGGAUAAUGCCUAGGCUCGUUUUUUGUUGGCUGCUCUUAAAGAAAUCCCCUCAGCACUAUUGUGGGCGAGGGUAGUGUUUGUUGUUGUUGUUGUUGUUGCUGCUGCUGUUGUGGUCUUCACACGAGGGCGCGUGACGAAAUGUACAGUUCAUGUUUCGUGUUCCUUCUGGUCCCGUCCGAGAGCGACAUAUUUCGAAGUUUCGAAGUAGAAGGAAUGCACGAUGUAGCCGUGGGAGAAAUCGUUUCAUCCUUUUUUGAGAUUUUUCUAUCGUUGUGAUCGGU